AUGGAAGAGAACAUUAAGUGUGAACUAAGACAAGCAAUUACCAUGGUGAAAGAUAAUGUGGGAAAUUUGAAGACAAAAAAUGUCAACAUGAUUGAUUCUCAUUGUCCAAAUGGAAGUCCUAAAAGUGAGGUUCAAGAUUCUGAGUUCAAGCAAAAACAUGUUUCCAAGAAAAGAAAAACCAUGCCUAAGUGGACAGAACAAGUGAAGGUGCAUUUAGGAACAGCUUCUGAGGGGUCUAUGGAGGAUGGUUAUAGCUGGAGAAAGUAUGGACAAAAGGAUAUUCUUGGAGCUAAGUUUCCAAGAGGAUAUUACAGAUGCACACAUAGAAAUGCACAAGGUUGUCUAGCUACAAAACAAGUGCAAAAAUCAGAAUAUGAUCCAAUGAUAUAUGAGAUAACCUACAAAGGAAGACACACAUGCAUCCAAUCUAGUCAUUUGAACAAACCACAUUCAUCAAAAAAGAUGAAAUUUGGACAAAACAAUUCACAAUUACCCAAUCAAAAAAUUCAACCUCAAGAAGAAAAAACUCAACCUACAACCCAAGAGAAAAUUUUCACUUUUGACAACAAAGAGGAUGUGUUUCCAUCAUUCAAUUUUUCUUCUCCAACAAUAGGAUCUGAAAAUGAAGAUAACAAGAUCUUUUUAGAGACAUUGAUUGAAAACAAUUUCAUGGAAAAUGAAGACAAAAACAAUAUAUUCUCCGAAUCAAACGUUUUGACUUUGUCACUAUUGGAUUUGGACACUAUUGGGCUAGGCCCAAGUGAGUCUGACAUGAGUGAUAUGAUUUCAGGCCUAAAUUCAUUUGUCGAUUCGUCGAUAGAUUUUGAUAUCUUUGAUGAUAUAAACUUUGACAUGGAUUUUUCUAGCAACAUUCAAGAACUUUACUAUUGA